AUGCAUACAUUUCUACACAAGUUGCCCGCAAUUCUUGAAACUAUCUAUAAAUUGAAUACAGUAACAUAUGGUACAGCAUCAGCACCAUAUCUUGCUACACGUGUUUUAUCUCAAUUAGCUUCCGUUGAAGAAAAAUCAUUUCCGGUAGCUUCGCAAAUUUUAAAGCGUGAUUUUUAUGUCGAUGACGUUUUAACGGGUGCAAAAACCUACGAACAGUCUUUAGCAUUACGCGAUGAACUAAUUGAUCUUCUUCACAAGGGUGGAUUUACCUUACAUUCGACAAUUGCUGUCUGCUGGAUAAAAACUCCGCCUUGUAAUUUAAAAACUUUUGUUGCUAAUCGAGUAGGUGAAAUACUUGAAGUAACAAAACCCCAAGAAUGGAAGCAUGUGCCCACUGAGGAUAAUCCUGCGGAUUUACCUUCUCGCGGUAGGAUGCCACAAUGGCUAAGGCAUGACCAAGACAGUUGGCCUAAAACAGAAUUGAAACCUAUUACCGUUCCUGAGACACGUAAGAAUGAUGAUUGUAAGAUAUUUACAAUAACAACCAAUAACACACAUAAUGACACAAAUUUUCUCACGCGCUUUUCAUCAAUGUCAACCCUAAUUCGUGUAAUAGCUUAUUGUUAUGGAUUUUGUCACAAUUCAAGGGUAAACAAUUCCAAGAAAUUCACUGGUCAACUCUCGCAUGCCGAAGAUGGAAAAGCUCACAAUGCUGUAAUUAAACUAGUUCAAUUUAGCGAAUUUUCUGAAGAAAUUCAUCAAUUAUCUAAAGAAAAACCAAUUUGUAAAAAAAGUAAACUUUUAAAUCUAAAUCCCUUCUUAAAAAAAGGUAUACUUAAAGUUGGUGGACGACUAGUAAACUCAAAUCUCGAUAUAAAUCAAAAACAUCCGAUAGUACUUCCACGCAAUCAUUUUAUUACUUCUUUGAUAAUUCUCGAACAUCAGAAAAAAUUAAAACAUGCAGGAAUUCAAUCCACACUCUAUUCAGUGCGCGAAUUAUAUUGGCCUUUAGACGGAAGAAAUAUUACUAGAAAAUUAAUUCGUAAAUGUGUAGAUUGCUUUCGUGCUAAUCCUCGCAGUUUUGAUUGCAUAAUGGGAAACCUACCCGCAGAUCGAACAAAUUAUUCACGAGCAUUUUCUGUUGUUGGAGUAGAUUACUUACACCUUGAACUAGUGAGUGAUCUCACCACGGAGGCAUUUAUCGGGUGCUUAAAAAAGGUAUUUGCAAGACGAAGGAAAGCUAACAAAAUUUAUUCUGAUAAUGGAACAAACUUUGUUGGCGCAAAUAAACAGUUAAAAGAACUAGAGCAGUUAUUCAAUUCAACAAGUCAUAAACAAAAGGUAACUCAAUUUCUAGAUAGCGAAAGAAUUACUUGGAAAUUUAGCCUUCCAAGAGCACCUCAUUUUGUCGGGUUAUGGGAAGCGGCGGUCAAAUCGUUCAAGCACCCUUUUAUACGCACCGUAGGUAAUGCCGUAUUUACAUUCGAACAAUUACAAGUUUAUGUCUGUGAAAUCGAAGCCAUUUUGAAUUCCCGCCCUCUCACUCCAGUUUCUUCCGAUCCUAUUGACCUACGCCCUCUUACACCUGGUCAUUUCCUCAUUAGUAGCCCCUUGACAGGAUUACCUGAAGAAGAUCUUAAUGAUGUCAAGCCAGGCCGAUUAUCUCUCUGGGAACACGCCCAGCAAAUGAAACAGCACUUUUGGCGUCGUUGGCAAAAGAGUAUUUGA